AGGCCCCGCCCCGGCCCCGCCCCCGCCCAAGAUGGCGGCGCUGCUGGUUCCGCUGCUGCUCCUGGCGGCGCUGGGCGCGGCGGCGCUGGCGCUGCUGUGGCGGCGGGCGGCGCGCGGCGCGGGGCGCGUGUGCGUGGCCGUGCUGGGCGACCUGGGCCGCAGCCCGCGCGUGCAGUACCACGCGCUCGCGCUCGCGCGCCACGGGCGGCGCGUGGCCCUGCUGGGCUUCGUGCAGAGCCGGCCACACCGGGACGUGCUGCAGAACGAUGAGAUCCGGCUGGUGCCGGUGGCAGAGAUACGGGGGCUGGCAGCCCUCCCAAUGCUGUUCCAGUACGUGGUGAAAGUCCUUGUGCAGGCAGUCCAGUUACUGUACACGAUGCUGAAGAUAGAGCAACCAUCCUAUAUUCUUCUUCAGAAUCCUCCGGGCUUACCCAGUAUUGCUGUCGCCUGGGUCGCCUGCCUGUUCUGGAGAAGCAAACUGAUCAUCGAUUGGCACAACUACGGAUACACUCUGAUGGGACUGAAACAUGGGAGAAACCACCCGCUGGUACAGAUUGCAAAGUGGUAUGAGAAGUUUUUUGGGCGUUUGGCUGACUACAACUUGUGUGUCACUAACGCAAUGAGAGAAGAUCUGUGGGUGAAUUGCGGCAUCAGGGCAGUGACGCUGUAUGACAGACCAGCUUCCUAUUUUAAGGAGACACCAUUAGAACUUCAACAUCAUUUGUACUUGAAACUUGCCAAAGAUUAUGAACCAUUUAAACCACGGUAUGUUACAGAGUGUGUCGGUUUGGAUGCCAAGAGGUCUGCCUUCACAGAAGUGGAUGAGAAAACUGGACGCGUGCUAAAACCCAGAGGGCGACCAGCUCUUCUAAUCAGCAGCACAAGCUGGACAGAGGAUGAAGACUUCUCAGUCCUUUUAAAAGCUUUAGAAGUUUACGAGCAGUACAUUGAUGGGGGAGCUGAGCUUCCAUCGUUAGUGUGUGUGAUAACAGGUAAAGGACCUCUGAAAGACUACUACAACGGACUGAUAAAUAAACUGCACUUGAAACACAUCCAGAUCUGUACACCGUGGCUGGAAGCUGAGGAUUACCCACUUUUGCUCGGCUCAGCAGACCUGGGGGUGUGUCUGCACAAGUCAUCCAGCGGCUUGGAUCUGCCCAUGAAGGUGGUGGAUAUGUUCGGCUGUUGUUUACCUGUGUGCGCGAUAUAUUUUGAAUGCUUACAUGAACUUGUGAAGCACGAUGAAAACGGUCUGAUAUUCCGGGACUGGAAUGAACUUGCAGAACAACUGAAGAUGCUUUUCUUGGGAUUCCCUACACUGGAAGGGAAACUUCACAGCUACAGGGAAAACCUCCGUGCGUCCAAGCAGCUGCGCUGGGAUGAGAGUUGGGACCAGACUGUUCUUCCUUUGUUCAGGCAGAACGACUGACCGUGGAGGAGGAGGGGGGAGUCAGAAAAACAGAUUCAUUCCUGGAGAUGCAUGGAUCUGAUAAAUAGUGAAUAAACGCUUUGUAUUGUC